AUGGAGAAAGAAAAACCGUUUAAGUUGUUCGUGCCGCCGCGUCUGAGCGGUGGGCAGGUGUCUGCGGUCAAACCCCAGACCAGCACUCGGGCAGCGGGGCUGUGUCAGGGUUUUAACAAAUGCCCAGAUGAUGACUUUAAUUUACCAUUUGUAAUGAGUGCACCGAACCGUAGUGAAAUCACUGAUUCAGAUGCGAUUUCACAGCAAGUAAAACUUUGCUCUGAGGUAGAUGAAGAGAAUAUAGAAACAAUGAAUGAGUUGUACUCAAAACUCUACAAAGAGGCGGAGAAGAUCAAGUGGUGGAAACUGACGGUGGAAUCAGAACUAAAGCAGAAAGAAAGAAAACUGCAAGAAAAUAGAAAGAUUAUUGAAGCACAGCGUAAAGCCAUUCAAGAAUUGCAGUUUGAAAAUGAAAAACUAAGUUUAAAACUGGAAGAUGAGAUAUGUGAAAAUAAAGAUCUCUUAAAAGAAAACACUGCUUCAAGGCAUCUGUGUAACCUGCUCAAGGAAACCUGUACUCACUUCACAGAGAAGUCCAGCAAAUAUGACCAUGAAAGAGAAGAAACAAGACAACUAUACAUGGAACUUAAUAACAAUGUGGAAAGAAUGAUAAUGGCGUUUGAAGAGCUUCGUGUGCAAGCAGAGAACACCAGAUUAGAAAUGUGUUUCAAAUUAAAAGAAGAAGCAGAAAAAGUGAACAAGUUUGAAAAAGAAUGCAGACUGGAAGUCAGCAUGAAGGAAAAGCAGAUUUCAGUUCUUACCAUACAGAGUGAUGAAAAAGAUGAUAUCAUAAGAGACAUCAAGACUCAGCUGCAGGAAUCCAAAAAUAAGAUUACUGAUUUGGUAGAAGCAAAAAGACAUGAAGGAGAAAUGUUAAAGGAAUCCCAGAUCAAUCAAGAACGUUUGAGGGCAGAACUGGAAGAAGCCAAAGUUUCAUUGCAAAAAACAGAGGUUACUCAAAAGAGCUUAGAAAGUGAAUUACAGAGUGCAGUGAAAGCAUUAAUUCAGGUCACUGGAGAAAAAGAAGCACAGGUGGAAGAAUGUGAAAAAACUAAGGCUUUACAUGCAUCCCUGAGAGAGGAGUUUGAGACUUCGAUUUCCAAUUUGGAAAGCUUGCUGCAAAAAGAGCAAAAGAGGUUAGAGAAAUAUGAAGAUGAGUUAAAGCUACUUACCUUGGAGCUCAGAAAUAAGUCUGCUCAACUGGAAGAGAUGACUAAACUGAAAUGUGACAAAGAAAUGCAACUUGAAGAGCUGUCAGAAACACUGGGAAAAGUUGAAGGACUUCUAGUGAAGAAGAGCGAACUUGAGGCUACUGUAGAAAAUUUGCAGGAGAGAGAAGAAGAAACAAAAAAUGUUCUACAAAUCAGAGAGAAAGAAAUCCAUGAUUUGAAAGUACAGCUGACUAGUACAGCUGAAAAGGAACAAAAUUAUUUAAAACAGCUUGUGACACUGAAUACAGAUCUUGAACAACAGGCGAUAAAGAAUGAACAACUAACAGUGUAUGUCAAUAAGCUUUUAUUAGAAAAAGAACAAAUAGCACAAGAGAAAAGUGGUCUGGCUACAGAACUCAAGAAACUGCAAGAAAGUAAUGAGGAUAGUAGAAAAAAAGAAGAAAGUACAAAGCAGUUAGUUGAAAAUUUGGAAGAAGCAAAUGACCAGCUAAGAAAUGAACUGGAGUCUUUGAAGGAGAAAAUGGCAAAGAAAGGUGAAGAGAUUAAAAGUAAACUGGAUGAAAGAGAAGAAAAUGUAUGCCAUACUAAGAGUAUUGAAAGUGAAAUUUCAAAGAAGGAAAAGCAGUUGAAGAUUCUAGAAAAUAAGUUAAAUACUUUAAAGAAACAGAUGGAAAACAAAACCAAAUGCAUUGAAGAGUUGCAACAGGAGAAUAAGGUGCUGAAAAAGAAAAUUACUGCAGAAAGCAAGAAAACAAGUAUUUAUGAAGGGAAGGUGAAUAAAUUACAGUUAGAGAUGGAAAAUAUGAACAAGCAACAUAAGGAAACAGUUGACAUCUAUCAAAAAGACAUUGAAACAAAAAAAGUAAAUGAAAAUAAACUUCUUGAAGAGGUAGAAAAGAUGAGGCUGCUUGCUGAUGAAGCAACAGUUACACAGAAAGAAACUGAUAUCCGAUGUCAACACAAGAUAACUGAAAUGGUGGCACUCAUGGAAAAACACAAGCAUGAAUAUGAUAAAAUGGUUGAAGAAAAAGAUACAGAGUUAAAACUUUAUAAAAUAAAAGAGCAAGAGCAGUUAUCAUCAAAAAGAUCCUUGGAAAGUGAACUGGCAUGUUUGAAAAGUGAACUGUCAUCCCUUAAGGAACAACUUAAAGCAGAAAUUGAAGAGAAGAAAAUACAAACUCAUUUUUCUGAGACUCCUAAGCCUCAUUUAGAUCUGGACUAUGCAUCUGCUAAUGUAAAAAAUAAAAUGUCUUCAAAUGAUAUUCCUCUAAAAGUCAACAUGAUGGAAAAGAAAAAAAUGCCUCCUUCAGUGUCUGCCAGAAGUCCCUUGGGUACUCCAUCAUUAAAGACGUACGUUAUCAAGACUCCUCCAAUACAUACACUGCAAAGUGAAAGCUCAAAUCUGCAUCCAGAACAGUGCGUGAGGAAAAAGCAGAAAGUGCUUCUCCAGCUGGAUGCUCAGUCAGAUAGUUCUGAACACAGCGACCUCCUGAGCAUAGUCUCGGAGGAAGAAAUGUUUAAAAAAUUGUACAAAGAUUAUCCGCAAGCUUCACAAUUUUAUGCCACGACACCGAAAAAGAAACCAACUACAUCAAAUGAGAGAACACCGGGCUCUUUACUGAAACUUACAACCAUGAGAAAAAUGCGUGAGGCUGGAUGGACUGCAGUGUCUAGAAUGGACAGGAAAAGAAAAAUUAGAGAAGCUGAAAAGCUCUUUACUUAA